UAAGAAGAUGGCGGUGGCGGCGUGUGAGCGCGAGGACGAGGAUGAGCGGCGCCGCGAUGAGCCGCCGAUAAUCGGCUAGCGCAGGCUUUCAGUGGAUUCGCAAUGCAUCGAUCUUGAGAGGUUGAGUUCUUCAGGAAUUCCAGUCGCGAGAUCACUGUAGGGAAGCGAUGAAUCUGGAAGCUGCGGCGUCAAUCUGCCGGCCUCGCCACGCUGCCACUGGAAAGAUUUCUUCCUCGCUCUCGCUGGAGGGAGGAUCGAUUGCCCUCUGGUCGCUGGCAUCCCCCUCGAGCUGCUUCAUGACAGGAAGAAAGGUACCAAGUUUUGCUCGUUCUUGCAAGAAUGGAGCUCAGGGACGAGAUUUCCCAGUGGGGAGUGGGAAUUCCAUCCCAAAGGCGACCUGGCUGCCAGAUUCCUCCUCGCCGCCAACGAUGCUUUUCUCAUCCAAGAAAUCGGUGUGGGCGGCUCGAUCGUGUGGAGAGGAAGGCGGCGCCACGGCGAGCUCCUCCGACGAGGAUUCGCAUCAGAGGGCCAUCGAGAUCGCGGAAGCUCUUGUCGCGGACAGGCCAAUCGCGCCGCUGGAGCCAGGCUCUCCCGCCGGCCAGUUCUUGAUGCAAACGCUCAAGGGAAAUCCACACCUCUUCCACGCCGCGGCCGAGCAGCAGCUCGAGCUACUCGAUUUGGAGAGGAGGAGCGCGCUGGAGCAGCCAAAUCCAGCCGGCAACGAUCACAUCCUCUACAAGAGGAUCGCGCAGCUCAAGUCCGAGGAGCGGCGACGAGCAGUCCAGGAAGUGAUCUACGUCCUCGUCGUGGAGAAGUUCCUCAAGGCCGGGAUCAAGAUGGUUCCAAAGAUCUCGGCGCUCGUCAACCGAGAAGGAGGAAGCGCUUGCUCCUGGCCGAUCCAAGAGAAGGAUCUCGAGAGCGUCCACUCGCCGGAGGCGUUCGAGAUGAUCAAGGAACACAUGGAGAUGGUUCUCGGCGGACACGCGACGCUGAGCCGAGUGGAGCCACACACGGUGGCGCAGAUCAGCAAGCUCCGAGUCGGGCAGAUCUACGCGACGUCGGUCAUGUAUGGCUACUUCCUCAAGCGCGUCGACGAGCGCUACCAGCUGGAGAAGAAGAUGAAGAUCCUGACGAGGGUGGCGGAGUCGGGGCGGGGAUUCACCACCCAGUUCUUGAGCAUCGAGAAGCGGGAGAGCUCCGAGAUGAUCCAGGCAGCAGCAGCAGCGAGCGAGCUCGAUCUGGUGAGCUCCUCCUCGCGAUCGCCAUCGCAGGUGGCGCUCAAGAACAACGAUCUGCGAGCGUAUGUUGCCAAGUUUGAUCACGAGACGCUGUCGAGAUACGCGACGAUGAGGACGCACGAGACGGUGGAUUUGAUCGAGAGGCACGCCGAGGCGCUGUUUGGGAGGCCGGAUUUGCGAGUGGCGGCGGAUGGCAGCGUGGGUCUUGCGCGAGACGAUGCAAUCCAGAUCAAAUUCGCGAGCUUGAGAGCGCUGGUGAUGGAGGCGGCGGCGUUUGGGAGCUACUUGUGGGACGUAGAGAGCUACGUAGACAUACAUUAUAGAGUGGUGCCGAGAAGGAACUAAGCUAAUUUUGUAAAGUAAUCGGGUUUAGCUGUAAAGCUCUAUCUUAUUAAUGGUAAUAAAGAAAGACCACCCUUUUAAAAGUUAA